GAAUGUCGACGUUUUGAUACAUUCAUUAAAAUCACGCUGUCUACGAAAUUGGGUUUUAGGCCUAUCUCUUGUUUACAUAACAUGUUGCGUACUUCCGGUGUUCUGUUCUUCAGCGAAAGCUCAACCAUCGUUUCCUUUCGAGCAAAAUAAAGUGUCCAGAAUGAGCUCAACGACGUUAGUAGAAGCUGCAGGGUGACAACUCCGUCAAUCCAAGGAUGCAUAUGAAAAAAUGUCUUCGAAAAUCACAGAUUUUUUUUUGCCGCUGAUCAAGAACGAACCGUCAUUACCAACCAACAAGUUGUUUCACUAGUCAAACCGUGCAACAUAGUGCAUAUAGUGAGCUAGCUACCUUUAGCAAGUCGGCUAGCUAGUCAACUAAUUGCUGUUUGGUGACUAGCUAGCUCUAGUUUACAAGCUGAUAGUCUGCUUACCUCCCCAGACUCGUAAUCAUUUUCAUCCCUCGGUUGCAUUUCCGUUCUGCUGUAAGGGUACGCGAUUCACGAUUUUGCCAGCAUGGAUGAGGCCUCUCCCCCACCGUUGACAGAUCUCUGCCUGUCUCUGGUCAGCUCCAAGCUGGAGCUGUUCUGUGUGAAGCAGGCCGAUGGCUCCCUGUGCCUUCGAGAGUCUCUGGUCUUCCCACAGGAGCUAGCUGAUCAACUGCUCUGCAAGAUGGCCACUGAAGGGUUACUGAAUGACAACACGGUAGGAAUCUUCCGGAGCUGUCAGCAGCUGCGUCUGCGGCGCGCCUGCAUCCGCACAGCGCGCAUCUCGGCCGAGGCCUUCCACCGGGCCCUGUGCCUACAUCGGCUCCUGGAGCUGGACGCCUCGCACGUCAACGCCGACCUGACCAUCAGCGACAUCGUGCGCGGCCUGUCCUCCAGCAAGGAGCUGCGCGAGAGCCUCCAGCGCCUGGUGCUCAAUGGCCUGACCAUGACGUCGCUGGAGGAGCCGUCGCGGCGCUGCUUCGGCGCCCUGCAGGGCCUGCGCUCGCUCAGCGUGGCCCACGUGGACUUCUACGACUCGGGCCUGGCCGACGUGUGCACGCUGCCGCGGUUGGAGAGCCUGGACAUCUCCAGCACGUCCGUCACCAACCUGACGCCGCUGCUGGGGCUGCGCGCCCGUCUUCGCUACCUCACCAUGCACCAGCUCAAGCGGCUCGAGAUGACCACAGCACAGCUGCUGGCCGUCCUCAGCCAGCUGGAUGGCCUUCAGCAUCUGGACAUCUCGGAUGACAAGCAGUUCACCUCGGACGUGGCAAGGCAGCUGCUGGAGAAGCCCGGUAUCCUCCCUGCGCUCGUCUCGCUGGACGUCUCUGGAAGGAAGCAGGUGACCGACACUGCCGUCAGGGCCUUCGUGGAGGAGAGACCCGGCAUGACGUUCAUGGGACUGCUUGCCACCGACGCCGGAUUCUCCGACUUCCUGUCUGGAGAAGGCACUCUAAAGGUGACGGGCGAGGCGAAUGAGACUCAGAUCUGCGAGGCGUUGCGGCGCUACAGCGAGCGCGAGGGCUUUGUACGCGAGGCCCUCUUCCACCUCUUCAGCCUCACACACGUCAUGGAGAAACCUCGGCCAGAUAUCCUCAAGCUGGUGGCAUUGGGCAUGAGGAACCACCCCACCACCCUGAACGUGCAGCUGGCGGCCAGUGCCUGCGUGUUUAACCUGACCAAGCAAGACCUGGCUCUGGGCAUGCCAGUCCGGCUGCUCAGCACCAUCACGCAGCUUCUCCUGGAGGCCAUGAAGACCUUCCCCAACCAUCAGCAGUUGCAGAAGAACUGCUUGCUGUCCCUCUGCAGCGAUCGCAUACUGCAGGAGGUCCCUUUCAACAGAUUUGAAGCAGCUAAAUUGGUCAUGCAGUGGCUCUGUAACCAUGAGGACCAGAACAUGCAGAGGAUGGCUGUCGCCAUCAUAUCCAUUUUGGCUGCCAAGCUAUCAACGGAGCAGACAGCACAGCUGGGUGCGGAGCUCUUCAUUGUGAAGCAACUCCUGCACAUUGUUCGUCAGAAAACCACCCAGGCAAAUGUGGAUGCCACUCUGAAGUUCACUCUGAGCGCACUGUGGAACCUCACCGAUGAAUCCCCAACCACCUGCCGACACUUCAUAGAGAACCAAGGCCUGGAGCUUUUUAUCAAAGUGCUAGAGUCCUUUCCAACAGAGUCUUCUAUUCAGCAGAAAGUGUUGGGAUUACUGAAUAACAUAGCAGAAGUGGGGGAGCUCCACUCGGAGCUGAUGGAUCAGCGCUUCCUCAGCCACAUCAGCACGCUGCUGCACAGCACCGAGGUGGAGGUCAGCUACUUUGCGGCGGGCAUCCUGGCCCACCUCACCUCCCGGGGAGAGGGCCUCUGGACCCUGGACAUACCACUGCGCUCCACACUGCUGGAGCAGUUGCAUGCAGCUAUAGUUAAGUGGCCAGCUCCAGACUGUGAGAUGGUGGCUUACAGGUCAUUUAACCCUUUUUUCCCGCUGCUGGAGUGUUUCCAUACCCCUGGGGUCCAGCUGUGGGCAGCCUGGGCCAUGCAGCAUGUCUGCAGCAAGAAUGCGGGGCGGUACUGCAGCAUGUUGCUGGACGAGGGGGGCCUGCAGCAGCUGGAGACGGUGGGUUCGCACCCAGAGACCCACGAGGACGUGCGCAAGAUGACCAAAAGCAUCCUGGACAGCCUGCAGAUGUACCAGGCCCGCACGGGACAGCUCCCUGGACACGGGACAGCGCUGCCUCACACUCGCUCAUAAAGAGAAAGAUGCGCAGUGACAUGGGCCAACCCCGCCGGCUGCAAGAUGCCAAACAGCCAACAGAACUGGAAGCUUGGUCUGGAUGAGUGUGUGUGUGUGUGUGUGUGUGUGUGUGUGCAAGUGUGUAAAUAACUUGUGUGAGGGUGUCUCUCUGAGUAUGCAAGUGUGUAAAUAACUUUGUGUGUGUGUGUGUGAGAGCGUACACUUGGGGGAAGAGUCUACAACAUGACAUGGAUGAAGCACAGUGAUCCAGCACCCUUGUUAAGAAAGACCAAGAUUGUGUGAGUGAGUGAGAGAGAGAGAGAGAGGGGGUAGAGGGGGUAGAGGGGGGCAGUCAGAGAUGGAAAAUAUAACCUAAUGCAUUUUUUUGCACACACUUGAUGAUAUUAUUUAUUACUUCAUGUCUGUUUUACUUAGGAUACUGAUCAUGAUAAAUAUUAUGAAUACUGUUACCAAGACUAUAUGGAAAAAAGGCAAUAGGAGAAGCGUAAGGAAACCGGACAUGCUGAUUAAUGUUACAGCACAUGCAGCAUGACACACGAGUGAGGGGGUCAGUCUUCACUGCAAGUACAAGUGUGUUUGCGUGUGUGUGCACCUGUCUGUCUGUCUGUCUGUCUGUGUGUGUGGGUACAUGUGUGUUGGUGUGUGUGUUGGUGUACGUGUUGGCUUGUGUGAUGUCGAGGGCGAGUGGAAGCAUGCAUGUACGCAUGGUUUGAAGCAUGUGUUAAAUCAGUUUGAAUGUCUCUUCAGCCAUAUAUGGACUUUCUAUGAAAAUGCAACUCAUGACUUAAGACUUGCUGUGUGUUGGUAAAAGUAAACAAUGACUCCUCGGACUCAAGUGGCAUUUAAUAUAUUUGUGAAAAAUGCAUUGACUAAAGAACUGAGGAGUGUGCAUAUAGUACAAUACAGAUCUGUUUUUUUA